AUGCUGAUAGAAUCAGUAUUCGGUUGGUUGGUAACAGGAUCCGUGGAGAACCAAGGUUCUACUUCCCGCAUCGCUUGCAAUACGGCUGCAAGGGUAGAUUUGGAUGAACUUCUCACUCGUUUUUGGUCAUGUGAAGAGAUAGGGUCUCUGAACAAUUAUUCCCCGGAAGAACAACGUUGCGAGGCGCAGUUUGUUCUAACCAAGUGCAGAAGUUCCGAUGGGCGAUACACCGUUGCGUUACCAAAGGACGAAAAGGUAUUGGCAAACAUUGGCGAGUCACGGGAGAUGGCUUUCCGUCGACUUCAAUCCCUGGAACGUAGACUGGAAAAGGAGCCAGAACUACGUAAACACUACCACGGUUUUAUGGAGGAAUACUUGGAGCUUGGACACAUGCGCAGGGCGGAUGUGGGUCCAGAAAAGCGGUUUUACCUUCCCCACCAUGCAGUCAUCAAGCAGGCUAGCACAACCACGAAGGUACGAGUUGUGUUCGACGCAUCGGCUAAAAGUAGCAGCGGCAUAUCCCUCAACGAGGCGUUAUUGGUUGGACCCGUAAUCCAGGACGAGCUUCGUGCUCUCAUUAUGCGUAGUCGGAUGAAACAAAUCAUGGUGGUAGCCCAAAGCAUCCUUUGGAGAGCUGACCCCAAGAAGGAAGUUGAAACCUUUGAAUUAGCCACCGUUACGUACGGAACGAAACCUGCGCCAUUCUUAGCGACCAGAACGUUGAAACAACUAGCCAUCGACGAGCAUCAUCGAUUCCCAGCGGCAUCCAAGGCAUUGGAGGAGGACGUUUACAUGGACGAUGUAAUAACCGGUACGGAUCUAGAAGAAGAUGCUGUCAAGUUGUGUGUAGAUCUCAUCAAGUUGACGAGUAGCGGAGGUUUUCGUCUAAGGAAGUUCGCAUCCAAUUCAGCUGCGGCCUUGAGAGAGGUGGAUUCGGAAGAUCUGGCCCUACAACAAACCGAAGAGAUAAAUCUAGAUCCUGAUCCAGCAGUAAAGACCCUCGGAUUGGUUUGGCUCCCACGCACCGAUCACUUUCGGUUCAAUUUCAACAUUGAAAGAGUUCCCAUGGACGAGCGAUUAUCCAAACGAAAAAUCCUGUCAGCCAUAGCUAUGCUAUUCGAUCCCCUGGGACUUGUAGGAGCGGUAACAGCUAGUGCGAAAAUCUUCAUGCAGCGUUUGUGGCGACUACAAGAAGACGGUAACAGAUUAGACUGGGAUCACCCUGUACCGGUGAACGUAGAACAAGAGUGGCGAAAUUUCUACGACCAAUUACCUAUCCUGAACGCUCUUAAGAUUCAACGUUGUGCAAUCAUUCGUAAUGCAAUCAAGGUGGAAUUGCAUUUCUUUUCGGAUGCAUCGGAGCGCGCGUAUGGGGCGUGCGCAUAUAUAAGGAGCGUCGACGUCGAUGGAAAGUCCUACGUAUGUCUACUAGCAUCGAAAUCCAAGGUGGCACCGCUGAAAUGUCAAUCCAUUCCGAGACUGGAGCUUUGCGGAGCACUUUUGUCGGCGGAACUAUCCAGCAAGGUACGGGCGGCGCUUAAGAUGCAGGUCGACAUGCAUUUUUGGACGGAUUCAACGUGUGUUCUUCAGUGGUUGAAGGCAAUCCCGUCUACAUGGUCAACAUUCGUGGCUAACCGUGUUGCGAAAAUACAAACCAUUACCGAAAACUAUCCUUGGAGACACGUUCCUGGCUUGCAGAAUCCAGCAGACCUCAUCUCACGUGGUAUGGACCCAGAACAGAUAGAGGGAUGCGACCUUUGGUGGAAGGGCCCUGAAUGGUUAAGUCAAAGUCAUUUCCCGGAGCAGCCAAGAACCCUGGAAUCACAAGUAGCUGAAGAGGAAGUCCGUCGUUCAGCACACCCAGCCGCCAGUUGUGUAGCACAUUUUGGAGAAGAGUAUGUGCUAAAAUUCUCGUCCUUCACUAAACUUAUACGCAGCACCGCAUACUGGAUGCGACUUAUGCGUAUACUGAGAAAGUCCGAAGACAACCGCAGCAGUUUACUGACCGUAGAAGAGUUGAGAGAUGCAGAAUUUGCAAUUAUUCGUCGUAUCCAACAAGAGUCUUUCCCUAAUGAGUGGAAGGCUUUAACGAAGAAAGAAGCUGUUCAUCGAAGUUCACCGCUGAGAUGGUUCACCCCACACAUAUCAUCGGACGGCCUAAUUCGUGUUGGAGGAAGAUUAGGCAGAUCACUGGAAUCGGAAGAUACGAAGCACCCGAUUGUGCUUCCAGCAAAACACCCGUUCACUACGAUGAUAUACGAAUAUUACCAUAUCAAGCUUCUACACGCCGGUUCUCAACUACUUCUUAGUACAGUUAGGCUGAAGUAUUGGCCUCUUGGAGGCAGAAAUAUACCGCGACAAGUUGUCCAUAAAUGUAUGAAAUGCUUCCGCUCUAAACCAAAUCCAAUUGAGCAAUUUAUGGGUGAGUUACCCCAAGCACGCGUGACAGUAGCUCGAGCCUUUUCAAGGACAGGCGUCGAUUAUUUCGGACCGAUAUAUGUUCGUCAAGCUCCCAGAAGACCAGCGGUCAAAGCUUAUGUGUCGGUUUUCAUCUGCCUUUGUACGAAAGCGGUUCAUCUAGAACUUGUAUCCGACUUGUCAACGGAUCGUUUCCUUCAAGCCUUACGGCGGUUCAUCGGGAGAAGAGGCUACUGUUCCGAUAUCUAUUCGGACAAUGGAACGAAUUUCGUCGGAGCACGAAGCUACCUUCGAGAGCUACUAAAGUUGCAACGCAGUGAUCAACAUAAAGAAGCAGUUUCGAAGGAGUGCGCCCACAACCAUAUCCAAUGGCACUUCAUACCACCAGCCGCGCCCCAUUUCGGAGGACUUUGGGAAGCAGCGGUCAGGUCAGCCAAAAAACAUCUCCUGAAGGUUCUAGGGGAAAAUCCUAUCCCGUUCGAAGACAUGACUACGCUCUUAGUACAGGUGGAAAAUUGUCUCAACUCGAGACCAAUCACAGCUUUAACAGAUGAUCCUGACAACCUCGAACCCCUUACACCAGGACAUUUCCUUAUCGGAGAACCAUUUCAACAACUGCCUGACAGAAGUUACCGUGAAGUACCCAUGAACAGAUUGAAUCAGAGUCAGACAUUGCAGAAGCGGCUUCAACACUUUUGGGAUCGUUGGAGAGUUGAGUACUUGACACAACUUCAGGGGCGAUUUAAAAGAUGGAAGAAGCCGAUCGAUGUUGAAGCUGGACAGUUGGUGAUCAUCAAAGAGGAUAAUUUGCCGCCAAGUCGUUGGAAGAUGGGCAGAAUAGAACAAGUUCAUCCUGGAGCUGAUGGAGUCUGCUGCACAACAGGUUAUGGGCCCAGCACUAUUGAAAAGGAGGAGAAGCGGAAUCAACAGUGGCAAGAAGUGCCAGCGCCGAUGGAGGGACAAAGAGACAAAGCCCGAAAGGACAACGAACCAGGAACCAUUGGGAGCAAGAACGAGGCAGGAACCAGAGCCACUGGAAGGAAGUCGGUGCAGAACCAUAUGGAGGUCGUUGAGCCGGGUCACUGGAAGGUCGGGGAGCUGAAGACCGUGGAAGGUUAUCGGACUAGGAGCCAACUGGAAGAUCAUCGGAUCGGGCAGCCAGGUGGAGGUCGACAAGCCAGGAAACACAAGAGGUUGUCGGACAGGAUCCAGAUGGUGGUCGUCGAAUCUGGAGUCACUGGUGGACUUGCGAACGGGGUACCACGGAACGUCUCCAAGCCGGUGACAUGGAAGGUCGUUGGACCGAAAAACCAAGUUGAGGUCGUCGGGCUGGAACCACUGGGAGGUGUCAAGCCUCAGGAAAGGCGUCAAGGCGCAGGAGAAAGCUUCGAGCCGCAGCAAGGGAGUCGAGACCAGAAGUCAGAUAGAAGGUCGUCGGAUCGAAGCCAGAUGAAGGUCACCGGAUCAGGGAUCAUGAAAGGUCGUCGGACCAGGAGCCAAUUGGAAAGUCGUCGUAUCUGGAAACCAGUUGGAGGUCGUCGAGCCAGGAAUCAUGGAAGAUCGACGGGCUGGAGCCACUGGUAG